AAUGGGGGUGAGAAAGAGUAAAUGUUGUUGAAUUGUGUUUAAAAGAAAGAAGAAAAGCAUGGAAGUCGUUUAGAAUUAAAAGGGGAAGAUGGGGGAAAUGGGAAAACGGGAAAAGUUUGGAAAGGUUUUUGAAUAAUGCCUCUGCUUCUUCCUUCAUUUACUCUGUCACUGUCUUUCUUAUUGUGAACAGAACAGAGGAGGAGGACUGAGCCUUCACAUGACUUCUCUGCAAAUCACGCAUUCAAAUUCCACAACAAAACUAAAUAAAUAAAUAAAGAAAGAAAUUCUCCUCCUCCUCAUCCUCCUCUGCAAUACAACCAUUACCAUGUCCUUCUUCUGAACCUCUGACUCACCUCUCCGAACAACCUACUUUUUCUCUCCCUAUCUUUACUUCUCUUUUCCUUUUUACCUCUCCUUUCUUCUUCUUCUUCUUCUCAAUACCUUAAUCCCUCUUCCUCAUUUCUCUAUUCUGGCUCUCCCAACCAUGGAAAGCUUCAGCUUGCUUAAAUACUGGAGAGGAGGCGGCGGUGGUGGUGGUGCGUCUGCUUCUGCCGCCGCUGAUUUUGCUUUCAGCAGUACUUCAUCUGCUGCCACCGCCACUGUUGUCACUGCCGUCGCGAGGAACCAGGCGGAGACUGAUGAGGAUGAGGAUGACGAUGAUGGGCCGUUCUUUGAUUUGGAGUUUGCGGUUCCUGAUGAGGAUGAGGGUCGGAAACAGGGGGGAGAUGGAGAUGGAGAUGGAGAUGGCAGAAACUGUGAUGAUGGAAGUGAGGAGGAGAAUGAUGAUGAUGAAGAAGAAGAAGAAGAAGAAGAAGAUGGGGACUCGGAUGGUGAGAGGGAGUUCGAUUUCACGCUCUCGUCUGGCUCCACCAAUGAACAUUCCGAUGCUAAUCUUACGUUCUCUCCUUCAGAUGACUUGUUUUUUAAGGGUAAGCUUGUCCCUGUUGAAGCUUCCUCCAAUGGCGGUUCUGAACCCAACUCCAAACCCCAGCUUCGUGUCACAUUGUUGAAAUCAGCCGCGAAGUUUAGGGUAUUUAUGUCGGGUCUCAAGAAAUCGAAAUCAAACGGGGAGAAGAAAACAGAGGUGGAUGGAUCUGUUGGGGAACCGACGAAAGGUGAGACAACAGAACUGACGCCGGAAAACCCACCGGAGAAAAACGAGAACCAAUCGGACAAAAGCCAGAAUCAAACGAAAAGUAAGUUAUUUGCCGUGAAACUGAAGGUAGAGGAAGUUCCGAUCAUGUCUCUGUUUACCAGAGACAACAGUUCAAGAGGCUCCGCUGGAACUACCACCACCACCACCACCACCAACAACAACAACAACAGUAACAAAGCACAGAAACAAAGCUCCGACGAAUUAACCUCUGAAGAAAAUCGAUUUUCAAAAGACGUAAUAAUGCAAAAGUACUUAAAGAUGGUGAAGCCUCUGUACAUUCGGGUUUCACGGAGAUACGGCGAGAAGUUCAGGUUAUCCGGACAGCUGAUUUUGGGGGCAGCCAGAGCUAAGUCCGGUGCACUGCCUACAAUAGCGGCGCCACCCACUUCCCCACCGGUGGAAAAGACCGUGACAGACACAGAACUUGUGGAAGUACAAGCACAAACAACGACCAUCAACACAAAGGGCCGGAACAUGCCAGCCAAGCUAAGAGUGGUUUGCAAGCACUUGGGGAAAAGUCGGUCAGCUUCCUCCGCUGUAGCAGCGGCUCCACCCGGGCAGGCGCCGUCGAGAAGGGACGAUUCACUUCUGCAGCAACAAGACGGAAUCCAGAGCGCCAUUCUUCAUUGCAAGAGAUCCUUCAACGCCUCUAGAGAUUCAGAGUCUUCCCUGCUGUCUCUGCGUGAGAAACCUUCAGAUUUCACAGAGAAAGCCAUUGGCUGAAGGUAAAGAAAAACAGCGAUCGAUCCAUCAAUCCAUGAGAAAAUUUCAACCCAAACAGGCGGGAAAAUUUUGGUCAAUAUCCUUCACAUUUCUCUCGCUUAAUAUAUAUAUAUAUAUAUGUAGUAUAUAUGUAAAUGUUCAUCUGUUGGGUUAGGAAGGAUUGAAUUUGUGGGUUCCUCUGGGCUUCUAAGUAAAAAGUUUGAAUAUUUUUCCAGUGAAGGGUAAAAAGUAUUAGGAAGUGAUGAUACAUAGAAAGCAAGCAGAGUUGGGCGCCCCAUGUAUGU